AUGCCUAACCGCGCUCUCGACAUCAAUGGUUUCACCAACACGGUGACUACCGACAACCACAUCACCACUCGUGGUAGCGAUUGGUAUUUCACAGUCACCUCUGUCUUUGGAGCAGCCACCAUCGCCAUUUGGGCCCUCUCAUUCACCAAGCCACGUUCUCAACGACUCUUUCACUAUCUGACCGCGGCUCUUACCCUCAUCUCUGCCAUCGCUUAUUUCUCCGAAGGUUCCAACCUAGGAUGGACUGCGAUUGAAGUCGAGUUUCCCCGUGGCUCGCCCAAGGUUGCCGGUGAUAUGCGUCAAAUUUUCUAUGUUCGCUAUAUCGAUUACUUCAUCACCACUCCGCUCUUGUUGGCAGACCUCCUCUUGACUGCAGGCCUUCCCACGCCCACUAUUUGGUACACCAUCUUGAUCAACCAGGUCUUUGUUGUCACCCGACUCGUUGGCGCUUUGGUCAAGUCCACAUACAAGUGGGGCUUCUUCACAUUCGGUGUCGUCGCACUCUUCUUCGUAGUCUACACCAUCAUCUACGAAGGCCGUAUCUACUCCCGUGGGCUCGGUGCCGACGUCUUUCGCCUGUACAACGUUCUCGCUGUCUGGACCGUGUCCAUCGCACUUGUCUAUCCCAUUGUGUGGGCUGUCUCCGAGGGUGGUAACAUCAUUCCCCCAGAUUCCGAGGCUGUUGCUUACGGCGUCCUCGAUCUUGCUUCCAAGAUCGUCUUCGCCGCAGCGCUCCUCUGGGGCCAUCGCAACAUUGACAUCGAACGUCUUGGCAUCCAUAUCCGCGAUGCUCACCAGCUCCCUGCUACUCCCGUUGUCUCGGAGAAGACUAUCGAAGCUGAUGCCGCUGCCGGUGUCACUGCUCCUCCUGCUCCCACCGUUGAGCCUGAGACAGUGUAA